AUGGAGACACCAUUCCCAAGACAACGACUAAACGCAGACAGCAAAAAACAAGUGGGACAACAAAGAAACAAAGACAACGCAGUCUCCAAGACAACAAGAGGUCGAAGAAAACAAGCUAGAUAUAUUGGUCAGCGAGAUGUCGAAGGCAACAAAGUCCAAGGCAACCGAGUAUCUAAGAGGGUUCCUGAGAAAUAUGCCGGCCAAUAUAAAUUACUUUUUCUGAAAGCCCUGGAAAUUCUGAACAAGAAUAUGCUAAAGAGAAAAAAAUCGCACCGCAGGGUCGCGAGUAAUUGGCUGUCAAAGUUUAAAAUAUGCUUGCUACGUGCACCUAAAAAAUCUUAA